UUUAAGAUGAUUGAGAAACUUUUAAGUUUUAUUUUCCUUCUGGUUUUGAAUCAAGAGAUCACUUGGACACUGUGUCUAUCGACAGAAAAUAACCGUGUUCUAGUAGGCUAUGCCUUCAAACAGUUUAUCGCCAGAGACUGGUUAAACUGUAUUCACGCCUGCCAUGAUGAGCCAGGAUGCAUAUCAUACAACUACGAGACAUCAAAGGGUGCGAAUGGUUUGUGUGAGUUAAACGAUUGUGGAGUCGAGAAAUUGAACUACGGAGAUUGGCUUCUUAUUUACACCUUGGGGUUCGUAUAUCAGCAAAUAAGGAAAGGAAAGCAUUGUCUAUUCAAGAAUUGCCAAGAAAUUAAAAAGAAAUAUCCAAAGGCGAAAAGCGGCGUACAUUUAAUCGAUCCUUUACCAAAUUCUGAACCUAUCAGGUUAUACUGUGAGCUUGACAUUGCUGGUGGUGGCUUCAGUUUCCUUCCGCAAAGCCUCACACUGAGAUCAGAUGCUCAGCAAGUUGUUGACUCCCUCUUCAAAGACAAAAGAAACGUUUUGCUAAAGUUGAAAAUUAAAGGAAAUGGUAGCGAGUCGUACACGUUGAUUCAGCCCCAUCCAGAUUACAGUGAGACUUACUUUGGUGUUUUGGUCAACAACCACUCUUGUUACACUCAACCAAAGAACGACUUCAAGGAGUACAUCUUUCUUGCCAUCCUUCCUGAAUCUGUUACUAAUAACAAAACAACUCAGGGUUUCAGAUCCAAUGGAGACGUGAUCGAGUUUAAUAACAGCGACGGAAAUCCCAACAGCUUGCCUGCGUUUAUGCUAAACCAAAAUGGUCAGACACCUACAAGUUAUCUUAAUAAAUCAAACUAUGAAAGAAAAGGUGUUGCCGUAGACUGGUUAUCCAAGGCAAAGCUCAUCACCUCUCCCCAACACAAAAUGCCAAAAAGGUUUUUCUUUUUGACAGAACUUCACUUUGGAGGCGGUGGCUGUUAUACUUCUAGCGAUCGCUGGUCUAAAUUUGGCUUCAACUCCACAGCAAUUGGAAUCCGCUAA